UUUGGUUACUGAAUGUUCACUGAAGGGUGGAUUUUGACGCCAUCCUGUUGACACUAUUUCAUAUAGAAUCGUCUGUACUUCGUCUGUUCAGCGUUUUUGCAUUUUAAGAGUGGAGAACCAAUCGUGCACCCCUUGAAGCACUCAUGUAUAGGUGAUGUAUGGGUGAUACCUAUAUAGCACGAGAACAAUUCUUACAGGAUAAUCAAUACAAUUUUGCCGACGGCAACAUUUUAGGACAUUUGUUUACUUUCGAAACAUUCUGCAUACAUUCGCAUGGAAUAUCAGAUUUAAAAUUUCGCUCUAGCCAAUCGUGGGGAUGUAAGGAAUGUGGACACGAUUUCCUGCAUGGACUAUCUUGGUAUUAAACCUUAAACCGGAGGAUCCUUCAACGAAUCAUGACGUUGUUUUCGAGGACAGAUUACAUGAGAGUUCUGGUGGUGUCUGUGGCUGGGGUGACAGCAGGUUUCUUGAUAUUCCAAUACAGCCCUAUCGGUCUAUCAGCGCGAACAAAGUCCAUCUACAGCGUGUCACAAAAAUCGCAGAAACUUACUUCAAUUCGAGGCACUCGCAUUAACCAACCUAAAUAUCGUGACAUAACGGUGGGAACACUGCGGAAGGAUAGAACAAGGAAUGCGGCUAUCGGGGAGAAAGUGCCGAAUACCAAAAUGAUAACAGCAGCAACAACUUCGCGGAAAACAGCAACUGAAAAAUACCCACCAGGAAUGUUUCCUGGGGGUCCACCGGUUCCAUAUAAUUACCCUGUCGUGCCGAAGAUUGUUCAUCAUACUUGGUUUUCAUUUACGAAAAGUGAUAAAAUGAAUAGAUUUCGGUUUCAUCACUUCAUCAGUAUGUUGAGUGCAUAUAAAUAUAUCAAGCCAACCAAGAUUGUGUUCUGGCAUGACACUGAACCGAGCGGAAAAUGGUGGACAAAAAUACGGCAAAAAGUUCCGAUUAUUGAAAUGAAGUACCGGAAGGCGCCCACUGAAAUCCACGGGAAGCCCGUGAGGGGAACUGCGCAUGCGUCGGACAUAGUGCGCCUGGAAGCCAUUAUGGAAUUCGGCGGGAUAUACACAGACUUGGACGUUGUUGUGCUGAAGUCGUUCGACCCGCUCCUGAAGUACAACACGACGAUGGGAUACGAAACCGGACCGAACGUCGCGAAUGGUUUGUGUAAUGGCGUGAUAAUUUCUCGUCCCCGCGCGAAGUUCCUCGAGAUUUGGCACUACGAGUACAGGACGUUCGACGAUGCUCAGUGGGCGAUUCAUUCUGUUAUUUUGCCCGCACAAUUGGCCAGGAAGUAUCCAUCCCUGAUUCAUACCGAGGCUAAGUCGCUUCAUCGGCCGAACUGGAUGGAAAGAAAAUGGUUGUACAACGAUGGCUCCCUCUAUGACUGGAGUAAGAACUACGCGGUUCAUCUUUGGUACAGAUACCAUAAGGUCGACCACAACCCAGAAGAUAUCAAGAAGUUAAAUACGACAAUGGGGGAACUAUUUCGAUAUAUUUAUUAUGGGAAGAAAGACCUGAUUUUCUGAAAUUCAUUUAACCAACACGUGUGCUAUUAUUCUAAAUAAGCCGUCACCCCCGAUCCAAUCGUCCUGAUGGUAGGCCAAAAUCCAAUGAUAGCUCUGUUUUAUAUUUAUACGCGACAUUACUUUUGUGGCAGUGGGAAAAUCCUAAAGGCCGCGGCCGUAGUGUCUUAGGAGAGACACACACUUCGAAAACGGUGAUAUAAACUUUAAUCGCCAACAACUGCAACUACAGGGUGGCCCAGAAUUAUUUUCCCUCACACAAUGGAUGGGAAAAUAAUUCUGGGCCACCCUGUAGUCAGACAUGUUUGAACUUUCACUGAAUUUGGUGGUUUAUUAUGAUGAGGUCACAGAUGGUGUACAUCGAUUACGUCACUGCGGUUUUCGUUUUUGCAAGACUCCGUCUCGGCCGCUAGUCCUCUGUACAUUUUUACAUGCAUAAUUUCUUUCUGGUUCGCUGUAUUUGAACCCUUUCUGCGGGAGGCAUUUUUACUUAGGUGACCAUAACCUCUAUGGUCCAUAUUUCUGACUCAGAAUCUUUUAUUUCUAAGAGUGUAGAUCUUACAUAUACUAGACUUUAACAUAUUUGAUAUAGAUUCUGUCUAUAAAUGUAGCUAAUAUAUCGAAAUAUUAAAACAAGUUUUAACAUUCAUAGAUUUUAA